AGCUGUCUUCCCAAGGGAAAGUUCUACAGACUUAGCAAUGGCAAACGCUACAAAGCAUCCAUCUGAUAACGCUGCUGCUUCCAAUCUCAUUUGGAUACGGAACGCGAACCAGUUGGAGAGCUUCCAUGUGGAUGGUUCUUUUGAUGUGCGGGGGAGGGUGGCACCAAAAGCCAAGAGCUUUGCCAUCAGCCUGGGUGCAAAUGCCUCAAACUUGAAUAUUUGCUUUAAGCCUGAUUUAACUAAAAGGAUUUUUACAUGCAAUUACAAAAAAGAUGGAAAGUAUGGUCAAGAGAUGAUUGGUCGUUCAUGCCCUUUCCACGAGGGAAAAGAAGUCGAGAUCCAUUUCUCCCUCGAGGCGACAGACAGUGGCUCCAUUGUUACUGUGUUCUUGCCUGACCACACUCAUUUUCGAUUCAGCAACCCAGUAGGAGUGAACUAUUACAAAUACGUGGCAGUGGAUGGAGACUUUCAGCACUAUCCUGACCGCUCGUAAUGAGUUCAGUUGUGCCAGCCCGUGCCUCUCUUCCGGCUGCAGAUGAGUCUGCCA